AGUGGGGAAGACAGCCUGGAAAGAUCCUAUCACAUAGGACAGUAUGUACCUUCAGAUCCUGAAGAAAAGGCGCAAAAUGUUCAAGUAAUGUUUCAAAGUAAUUUGUGAGGGUGCAUCGGGGAAAUCAUGCCGUCAUCAGGACACCGGCUCCGUGAUGUCGAACACCAUCCUCUCCUGACCGAAAAUGACCAUUAUGACUCUUCGUCCUCCUCUUCCUCCGAGGCUGACGCGGCUGACAGGGUCUGGUUCAUCCAUGACGGUUGUGGCAUGAUCUGCGCUGUCAUGACGUGGCUUCUAGUCGUCUAUGCAGACUUUGUGGUGACAUUUGUCAUGCUGCUGCCUUCCAAAGACUUCUGGUACUCCGUGGUCAACGGAGUCAUUUUUAACUGCUUAGCGGUGCUUGCCCUGUCAUCUCACCUGAGAACCAUGCUCACCGACCCCGGAGCAGUACCCAGAGGAAACGCUACUAAAGAAUACAUGGAGAGCUUGCAGCUGAAGCCUGGAGAAGUGAUCUACAAGUGCCCCAAGUGCUGCUGCAUCAAGCCCGAACGCGCCCACCACUGCAGUAUUUGCAAAAGAUGUAUUCGGAAAAUGGAUCAUCACUGCCCGUGGGUGAACAAUUGUGUAGGAGAGAAGAAUCAGAGAUUUUUUGUGCUCUUUACUAUGUACAUAGCUCUGUCUUCAGUGCACGCUCUGAUUCUCUGUGGACUCCAGUUCAUUUCCUGCGUCCGGGGGCAGUGGACAGAAUGCAGUGAUUUUUCACCUCCGAUCACUGUAAUCCUGUUGAUCUUCCUGUGCCUUGAGGGUCUCCUGUUUUUCACUUUCACUGCAGUUAUGUUCGGCACCCAGAUCCACUCAAUAUGCAAUGAUGAAACGGAGAUCGAGAGACUGAAAAGCGAGGAGCCGACCUGGGAGCGGCGCCUGCGAUGGGAGGGGAUGAAGUCUGUCUUUGGGGGACCUCCCUCCCUCCUCUGGAUAAAUCCCUUCGUCGGCUUCCGAUUUAGGCGACUACAAAUGAGACCCAGAAAAGGAGGCCCGGAGUUCUCCGUUUGAGACGCCUCUUCUGCUGGAGCUUGUGAAUGGACUUGAAAUUAUUUAUUUGGUGUCUGAAAGGGUAUCAACAACUCAUCUGUGACCAAUAGGGCAAAUGGACCUCCACAAACCAGUUGCUUGCAGCAAGCAGAAUCUUAUAUACUUACCGUCGCAGGUGGCAGAUUUUCCAAACUAGGAACUGGAUGAUGCAGGUGUUUUCACCUGCACAACUAACAGAAGGGAGCUGGCCACGUGAAGAAGCCAAAUGUCAUUCUCGUCCCUCCAGUUAGGACUUUGUUAAGACUGCGUUGCAUUCCUGAGAAGCUGUGUGAUAUCACAUGGGUUAUCAAACCCUGUGUACUGAGCUGCUGUUUUCAAUCACUAAGAAGAAAAGAAUUGAUAAAUUCUUUGAAAUCCAGUGAAAGAAUUCUCCGACGAGUGGUCACAGGGAGUCCUGUUGACCCUGCGAUUCAUUAGUGCACUCCCUUGGUCCACAGGGGCGUUUACGUAGAAGUACGUUUUGGUCUCCAUUAGCUCUGUCAUUCGCACUGAAUUUGCAGAAGAUCUGUGCAUUGCACACGAAGGCGGCUCCAGGUACACUCCCACUGCCCGGAGGGGCCUUCCGUGAUCCUGCAGCAAGUCUGUGUGCGUGUCUGUGUCCGUGUGUGUGCGCGCGUGCAUGUGUGUUUUAAAAUUGACAGUGUUGUUUAGGCGAUGUAACACUUAACGGCCGUGAGCAGCAAACUAACUAUUUUUUAGAAACCGACGUUUCAGGGAAGCGGGGAGAGCUGCCCCGGGAUCCUCCUCCCGUGGGUUCACUAUGAAUGUAUUGCAAACUGGAGAAUAUCUUGAUCCAAAGAACAAUCAUUCCUGUGUGGUCCUUUGUUGCCCUCCUGUUUUCGUUUCAUCUUAAAAAUCGUGAGCACAUGAGGGCCUCGGAACUGACUUUUUCAGUUCUGCCCAAAUUAGCAGUGUAUAAACGGCACCUCGGUGGGAGAAGAGCUAAGUCCCCUGGCGGCCUUCACCUGUGCAGCGUGGUGGGCGUGUAGGAAGAAGGGCCGCACAGCGACAGGUACACACUGAGGGGUCGGCCACUGGCAUCACCGAGAAGGUGAGGGACCACAGGCCAUGAACCCUAGACUCUGUGUCCCUCAUUUGCAAAGAAUAUUCAGGAUGGCAACAGCUUGUUUUUCUUUCUUUUCUUUUUCUUUUUUUUUUUUAUUAUCAUUUUUGUUUCUCUACCCAUGUCACCAGUGAUUAAAAAAAAGGACCCUUGGUGCAGAGCUUAAAAUUAUGCUAGAAAGCAAACAGCUCCCCUCCUUGGGGACUCGCCUUAAACUUGCCUGGUUUGUCCAUGUUCGCGGGACCCAUGAGGAAGCGUCUGUGACAGCCCGAGGGUCUCCGUGAGCCUGCCUCCCACGCUGAGAAGAGUUGGUGUCUCCCUCCUGGUCCUCAUGCCUUUCUGUUCAUCUGUGAACCGUUUCUGUUUCUGUUUUGAAGUGAUCCGCACCCUUUCCUAAUCAGGGUUUCUACCACUGCUGAUGCAAAACCACAAAGGGACCUACUCGAGACACAGUGGUAGCCAGUGAACAAAGCUGUGGGAUGUGGAAGUGAACCAGUCACUGCAGAAACUGUGAGCUCCGGGGGGCUGUCACUGUCCCAGGGCCAGGCACCCAUCCGGAGAGUCUCCUGAGACUGUUUUGCAUAUUCUUUUGCACAUCUGUUGUCUGGGUUGGACUUGUGUAUUGGGCUUCAGUGUGAGCCUUUUAAUAUGUAUAUCUUGUUUAUCAAUAAAUUAUCAAAGUGGUUGAAUCCUGUGAGACUUGGCAAGUAUGUGCAAAUCAAGUAUACUUGACUUUCAACCUCUUCUUUCAAUGUAACUUUUAUAUGAAAUAAAGUCACCGCUGAUGAUCUCAAACAGUC